AUGCAUAAAUUUGCUAAUGUUUUUUUCGUACUGUCACUUGUUGAAUUGUUAGCAGCGCAUCAAGCGCCCUCAUUUCCGGGCCACAAUGCACAGAAACCUCCUGAUGUUCAUCACCAAAGACAGAUGAAUCAACAGCCGGCACCCGCUCAACCCAAUACACCUCCUCAAGGUGCUCGAGAAUUUGGUGGCGAACAAGUGAAAAAUGUCGAACAUAUCAAGGAACAUUUGGAUGGAAAAGUUGAUCCGACUGCAAAUAUGACCCCUGAGCAGUUACAGUUUCACUACUUUAAUAUGCACGAUGUGGAUAGGAAUGGUUUAUUGGAUGGCAUUGAAUUAAUAAAAGCAAUCUUCCAUUUUCACGAUGAAAACGCUGAGUCUCGACAACAAAGCACUGGACAAAUGCCACCAGUGCUGUCAGAAAACGAAAUUGAGCGAAUGCUAGAUCCAAUUUUUGCUUCUGAUGAUCUUAAUCGAGAUGGGUACAUUAGUUAUGCAGAAUUUUCAAAAGCACAAAAACAACGAGAGGAACAAGUUCGACGUCAACAACAAGCACCACCUCCACAGCAAUAA